UAGUCCCAGGUUCAGUCGUCUUUGCACCGGCAACAGCUCCGUCUGGAAGGUCAGACACACGAUGGCAGCUCCAAGGAAAGUCUGUGUGGUGGGCUCUGGUAACUGGGGCUCUGCCAUUGCCAAAAUUGUGGGUGCCAACGCUGCCAAAUAUGACAAGUUUGACACCACAGUAAACAUGUGGGUGUUUGAGGAGAUGGUGAAUGGCCGUAAACUCACAGAAAUCAUCAACACAGACCACGAAAAUGUCAAAUAUCUUCCUGGUCACAAGCUGCCCCCCAAUGUGGUCGCCGUUCCAGACCUGACAGAGGCUGCGAAGGGAGCUGACAUCCUGAUCUUCGUCGUCCCUCACCAGUUCAUUGUCAGAGUGUGCGAUACCAUCAAAGAUCACAUCAAGAAAGACGCUAUAGGAAUGUCUCUCAUCAAGGGUGUCGAUGCAAGUCCAGAGGGUCUAAAGCUGAUCUCAGAGGUCAUUCGAGCCAAACUGGGCAUCACAAUGACGGUCCUCAUGGGAGCAAACAUCGCCAACGAGGUCGCCGAUGAGAAGUUCUGUGAAACAACCAUCGGGUGCACAGACAAAGCACAUGGGCCCAUGUUAAAGGAGCUGAUGCAGACCACCAACUUCCGUGUGACUGUGGUGGAAGAAUCGGAUGUUGUUGAAAUCUGCGGAGCGCUCAAGAAUAUUGUAGCAGUGGGUGCAGGUUUCUGUGAUGGCCUGGGAUUUGGCGACAACACCAAGGCAGCAGUGAUUCGUCUCGGCCUGAUGGAGAUGAUUGCUUUCGCCAAGGUUUUCUGCACCAACUGUCCCGUGUCUCCGGCCACUUUCCUGGAGAGCUGCGGCAUCGCUGACCUCAUCACAACCUGCUACGGUGGACGCAACCGUAAAAUCGGGGAAGCGUUUGCCAAAACAGGAAAAACAAUUGAACAGUUAGAGAAUGAGCUGCUCAACGGUCAGAAACUCCAAGGUCCUGCAACAGCAAGUGAGGUCCAUCAAGUCCUGACACAGAAAAACAUGGUGGCAAAGUUUCCUCUUUUCACUGCUGUUUAUGAGAUCUGCUUUAACGGCCAUCCAGUCACAGAGUUUAUCAGCUGUUUGCAAAACCAUCCAGAGCACUUGUAAAGGACUGACACGCAGGCUGAUGAACACAAUGACUGUUCACUGAUUUAACUGUAUACACACUAGAUGAAAACAGACUGAAUGGAGAAAAUGAAAAAAACCUAGAGUGGAGUUUCUCUCCAUCUUCUGGAGCUGCUGUUGCUGUAUUACAUGUACUACUGUAAAACCAUACAUGUAUAGGUAUUUAUUUCUCAAAAACAUUUUACUAAUUUAAAGUAAACUUUCUUACACAAACCAAAGACCCUGUCAAGAAUAUGAAUGUACAAUGUACUGAUAAAAGUGCCUUAAUCUGCCUUUGGGCAGAGAUAUAGAUACUUAUAUUACUGAGCAAGAUUUAUUUUGGAAUAAAGGAUUGAACUAAUUGCU